AUGGCAAAAUACGAGUAAUUUGAUUCUCCAUAUGCAAAAGUCUUUUUCCUUUUGCAACAGUUAUUGAAGGAAGAAUUAAUUACUUAAACAGAGAAGGAACAUUUAAAAGGUAUUUUUUAUAAUUUUUAUAAAGACUUAAUAAUUCAAAACGACUAGUCGAUAAUGAAUUUAAUAGUUGUAGAAAGCUAUCAGGAACUAUAUGAAAAAGUUUUAUAAUUCAUUAAUAACAAAAGAGUUAGUUUAGAAGGUUUAUCUGAUUUUGAGGACGAUGAUUCAACUAGCAAAAGUCUGAGACACUAUUUAAGAAACAAAUUAAAACUGGAAAUAAAAUAGAGUAAUUUUAAUUUGGCAAUUAAGAAAAUUUGA